GACUAAAGAUGAUGUGAGAUUUUCAAUGAGAUGUGAUAUUGUAGAAGUGAGUCAUAUAUAUCAUCUCUAGUGUAGGGAGACAGAGAAAGAAAGAGUUAGAAAUUAAAAGAAUGCAAAGUCUGCAAGAGAAGGCUUCUGAAUGGAGUGGAGUUUCCACAGGGGAGGCUUAUGGCAUCGACGAGGGCAAUUUGUUUGAGAAGCUGGGCCUCCAAACCUUCCUAAACCUCUCUACCAAUUUCUACAACAGAGUGUACGAGGACAAGGAAGAGUGGUUUGGUUCGAUAUUUGCGAAUUCAGAGAAAGAAAAGGCAAUAGAGAAGCAGUACGAGUUCCUGGUCCAGAGAAUGGGAGGUCCCACACUGUAUUCUCAAAGAAGAGGGCACCCUGCUCUGAUCGCACGACAUCGAGCGUUUCCUUUGACGCAUGAAGCAGCAGAGAGGUGGUUACAUCAUAUGGGACAAGCGUUGGACACUACCCAUGGCAUAGAUGAUGACUCAAAGAUCAAACUCAUCAACUUUUUCAGGCACACCGCAUAUUUCCUUGUGGCUGGAGUUCAGCAGAAGGAUCAAAACCUACACUUCGGACCAUCUAAGGAUGCAACCUUAAAGCAACACCCAUGUAAAAACUUCUAGCAUUUUCUCUUUCUACUCAAAUUCACUCUUCACUUAUAUUUAUGGAUGAAUUGUUAUGUCCUAUGUUCACGUCUUCUAAAUUUCAUCUUGCUUCAAAAAUCUGCCCGAUCGUGUUUAGUGAAGUAUUGGGUUUAAGGUUUAUAUGGGCCGCUUCAACUAUUUAAAUUGGGCUCCUUCUAUUUGGACUUUUAUUUUUAUUUUUUUA